GCCGCGCCCGGUCCCGCUCGCCGCCUCCUCUGCCGCCUCUGUCCGUCCCGUCGGGUCGCCGCCGCUCCAGCCGCAGCCAUGGAAGCCAUCAAGAAGAAGAUGCAGAUGCUCAAGCUGGACAAGGAGAACGCCAUCGACCGAGCCGAGCAGGCCGAAGCCGACAAGAAGCAAGCCGAGGACCGCUGCAAACAGCUGGAAGAGGAGCAGCAGGGCCUGCAGAAGAAGCUGAAGGGCACGGAGGAUGAGGUGGACAAGUACUCGGAGGCCGUGAAGGAGGCGCAGGAGAAGCUGGAGCUGGCCGAGAAGAAGGCGGCCGACGCGGAGUCCGAUGUGGCCUCUCUGAACCGGCGCAUCCAGCUAGUGGAAGAGGAGCUGGAUCGGGCCCAGGAGCGCCUGGCCACAGCCCUGCAGAAACUGGAGGAGACGGAGAAGAUGGCGGAUGAGAGCGAGAGAGGCAUGAAGGUCAUUGAGAACCGCGCCAUGAAGGACGAGGAGAAGAUGGAACUCCAGGAGAUGCAGCUGAAGGAGGCCAAGCACAUCGCUGAGGAGGCCGACCGCAAAUACGAGGAGGUGGCUCGGAAGCUGGUUAUUCUGGAGGGAGACCUGGAGCGCUCGGAGGAGAGGGCGGAAGUGGCUGAGAGCCGCAUGAGGCAGCUAGAAGAGGAGCUGCGCACCAUGGAUCAGUCCCUCAAAUCCCUGAUGGCUGCGGAGGAAGAGUAUUCCACCAAGGAGGAUAAAUAUGAAGAGGAGAUCAAGCUCUUGACAGACAAACUCAAAGAGGCUGAGACCCGGGCAGAAUUCGCUGAGAGGUCUGUGGCCAAGCUGGAGAAGACCAUAGACGACUUGGAGGACGAAGUCUAUGCCCAGAAGAUGAAGUAUAAAGCCAUCAGCGAGGAGCUGGAUAAUGCCCUGAACGACAUCACUUCGCUCUGAGCCACGACCCCUUGCCUCUUCCCCCCACCCCCGCCCUCUCUUGGUCUGCACACCUCUGCUCUCGACCCCCUUCACACCCAUGUGUGUGCAUGUCCCCUCCAGGAGGGCUAGCCCCCCCUCACCCUUUCCAUGCCAGAAGUGCCUUCCCAGGCAGAGCAGGGGGGCUGGCGGAACUCUCCCCAGACUGCGGGGCCCCCUUGGCUGUGUCAUGUGUGGGCCUCCUUCCCGCUCCAGGGAAGGUCUGAGGACAGACUCACCUUUAGGAGGGAAGGAAGGAAGGAAAGAGGCACCGUCCGGUGCUGGUCCCCAGGAGAGCCCUUCUGCGGUGUCUGCUUUGCUCUGCCUCUCUGCGCUCAACCUGAGCACCUCCGGACUCUGUUCUCUUCUGACUCUGAUCUAAUCAAUAAACGUUCUCUCGGCAGAC